CAACCGUCCACGAGCUUCCCCUCGGGCGGCCUCUCACUCCCGACUAAGCCGCCGUCAUUCUCACGGAAGUUUGCAGCAGGAAGACAUGGAAAAAGUUGUCAUUAUAACCGGCGCCAACAGUGGAAUUGGACGAGCCCUGUGCGAAAGGCUUCUCGCCGAGGACGUCCGGCUGCGUUUGUGUCUGGCCUGCAGGAACGCGCAGCGGGCCGAGGCCGCCCGCUCCGCCCUCUUGACCUCUCACCCCGAGGCCCGGGUGGACUUGCUGCAGCUCGACGUGGGUUCCGUGCGCUCGGUGCUCGCCGCUGCCCGAGAGCUGAAGGCCAGGUACAAAAGCAUUGACUUUUUGUAUCUAAAUGCGGGAAUAAUGCCCAACCCACAUGUCGAUGUAAAAGCUUUUUUCAAGGGUUUGUUCUCAAGAAAGGCCGUCAACAUGUUUGCCACAGCGGAGGGUCUUUUAACGCAGAAAGACCGCCCCAAUUCUGACGGUCUGCAGGAAGUUUUCGCCACCAACCUCUUUGGUCAUUUUGUCCUGGUCAGAGAGCUGGAGCCACUGUUGUGUCAGGCCGGUCGCACGUCACGUGUCGUGUGGACCUCUUCGAGCAACGCCCGCCGCGCUGCCUUCAGCAUCGAGGACAUCCAGCACAGAAAUGGGACGGAGCCCUACAGCUCCUCCAAGUACGCCUCUGACAUGCUCAGUGUGGCCCUCAACAGACGCAAGAACGGCCAGGGGCUUUUCUCCUCUGUGGUUUGUCCAGGGCUGGUGAUGACCAAUCUCACUUACGGUAUACUCCCCUCCUUUUUCUGGACGUUCAUCAUGCCAAUCAUGUGGCUGAUCAGAAUCUUCACGAAUACAUUUACUCUUACGCCGCACAACGGAGCAGAGUCACUGCACUGGCUGUUCCUUCAAACGCCAGAAUCUCUGGACCCGAGGGCAAAAUAUCACAGCUUAACAUCAGGACUCGGAGCCAACUACACAGAACCGCGGCCAAUGGACAUUGACGACAAGAUGUGUGAAGUGUUUUACGAGAAACUUCUUCAACUGGAGAAAGACGUCAGGAGAAAUUUGCCCGACCUAAAUCAACAUCAGCGUAAUGACUUGUGUUCAUAGUCAUGGAGACGUUCACCAAAAAUACGAACAUUGCUCUCGUUUCAUGUGUGCCUAGUGUUCAACGUGAAGUCUGCAAUUUGACCAAUUUUUCCUCAAUGAUUAGCUUCCUUUAUUGACAGAUUUUCAACUCGUCAGUUUGGCCUGGAACAUCUCCAACCAGUGCCUUGCUUAACACUACUGUACAGACCUCCAAUAGAAAUGUAACAAACUAUCUGUUUGGACCUGUGGUUAGGGCAUCACUUAACUGACUUAGAACCACUGCUAUUGCCCCGACAAAUUCAAAAUUGGUAGAAAUAUAUCCACUAUUGGCACAACAGGGUAAUGACAGUGAUACUGUUGACCACGAUGAUGACGUUAUGACUUCUCUUCCAGACCUGUUCUCUGAUCCACAAGAUUACAAGUGAUUAGUGCUAUAUUUUCCUCUGUGUGUAACUUUGCUCUCCUCCAAUUAAGAAACUUUUUCUGGCUGCAAUGAAGAAUGCUUUGCUCUGCACCAUUUUAAAAAAAAAAUCAGUUUCUGCCUACAAUGAAGAAUGCUUUGCUCUGCUCCAAUUAAAAAAAAAAAAAACAAAAAAAAAAACCCACCAGUUUCUGCCUGCAAUGAAGAAUUCUUUGCUCUGGUCCAAUUAAAAGAAAAAAGCAGUUUCUGCCUGCAAUGAAGAAUGCUUUGCUCUGCUCCAAUUAGGAAACUGUUUCUGCCUACAUUAAAGAAAUGCUUGGUGCUGCUUUAGAUAACGUGGCAGCCGCUUAACAGGAGAUAGAACAAGAACAUCAUAAUAAUAAUCAUCAGAACUGUUUGAGCCAGGAGGACCUGUUGUCUGUUCAAGAAAUGAUGACCACACAUGUAUGUACUCAGCAAUCUUCCACACAGACAUGAACAAACAAGUACAUUUUGUUUCCAAUUAUGUUUUGCGCCCCCGUCUCCUUUUUGUAACAUCCAUGUAAAUAUGGGGCGUUUUGAAACAAAAUAUAUCGAGGUGCUGAGGAGAGGAUAAUCAGAGAGUGCAGUGGUGAAUUGUACGAGACGGUUCCUCUCCUCUCUCCUCGCGAGCUGUCAAACUUGAACAUCUGAUCUUGAUCUUUGCUUCCUUUUUUUGUCCCGUUUAAUGAAUGUCUAAUUGGUAAACCUGACAUGAACAAAGCGGACGAUGUGUGGAAUGCUUGUACUCUAUGUUCGCGAUCAAGUCUAAAAGCGAUAAACCAGAAAUAGGCGCCGGAUUUAGGUUCGGCGGCAGAUUGCGGAGACGACAGACAGAUGUGUUCCCACCAGCUGUUCCUGACCACGUCCCUGCUGACCACAUGGUCGCUGCUUUUUAUAAACUCCGGAAUCCCACCUAAUCUCCGGAACAGCUGCUACCGCAUUUUCAAAGUAGAAGACUAUUUUGAGCAUUAAGAAUCUAUGGCGGUGGUCCUCAAACUGAGAUGAGGGGCACCUGGGGAUCUGAGUCUUGCAAUAAUUGUGUCGUAUCAUUUUUAAAAGUACAGAGAGUUCCUCCGCAGGGGAACUGGGAUCCCAAACCAAUUAUGUCUUCCUUACCUUGGCUUUAGGUCAAGUAAAAGCUAUGAUAGGAUUUUGAUAUACUCUAUUUAAUUUAUUACAGUUUGUCAUCCGUACAUAAAUCGAGGGGUGGAGCCAGUGUCAAAACUAAAGUAUUAUGUUGUCUCUUUAAGAACAAAAAGUGUCAUUUUUUAAAAAUGUAAUCCUAAUUUAGGGGAAUAAGUGUCUCAGAAUUAUUAUUUUUUUAUCUUGUUAAACUCUGACUUGUUCCUCAUUAAACUUUGCCAUUAUUCUCGUAAGAUUAUAAUUUUGUAUCCGAACAAAAUAAUUUUUUUUUUGUGCUUGUAAUGUUAUUACAUAACCUAGUGAAAACGAGUUUUCGAAUUUCUGCCCGAUGGCUCUCUCUAGUGGUAUAUGAAAGAAUCACUGAAUUCGAUGUUCAAUAGUGGUUUAAACGUUUUAAUCCUUUACUGCACUUUUAAUUACAAUAGUUGUACUGAGCAU